UAUAGUUAUUGUCACUGAUUAAUUCUCGAAUAUUCAUAUUUUCUCUGUGUUCUACAAUCUGAUAUCUCUGCUUCCGAUAUGGCUACUGCGUCAGUGGCGUUCAAAUCAAGGGAGGAUCAUAGGAAGCAGUUGGAAUUGGAGGAAGCACGGAAAGCUGGGCUUGCCCCGGCUGAGGUUGAUGAGGAUGGGAAAGAAAUUAACCCACAUAUUCCUCAGUAUAUGUCAUCUGCCCCUUGGUAUCUUAAUGCUGACAAACCUAGCUUAAAACAUCAACGCAAAUGGAAAUCAGAUCCAAACUAUACUAAAUCCUGGUAUGACAGAGGUGCAAAAAUAUAUCAGGCAGAUAAGUACAGGAAGGGAUCAUGUGAAAACUGUGGGGCAAUGACACAUGAUGCUAAGUCGUGCAUGGAGAGGCCCCGCAAAAUAGGAGCAAAAUGGACAAACAUGCGCAUUGCUCCUGAUGAAAAGAUAGAGACUUUUGAACUGGAUUAUGAUGGCAAACGAGACCGAUGGAAUGGUUUUGAUCCAGCAACAUAUGCCCAUGUCAUUGAGAGAUAUGAGGCAAGGGAUGAGGCUAGGAGGAAAUACCUGAAAGAAAAACAAUUGAAAAAAUUGGAGGAGAAAAAUGGUAAGCAAACUGGAGAGGGCGAGGUAAGUGAUGAAGAGGAUGAUGAAGAUGCUUUGAAGGUUGAUGAAGCUAAGGUUGACGAAAGCAAACAGAUGGAUUUUGCGAAAGUUGAGAAGCGUGUCCGAACCACCGGUGGUGGAAGCACGGGAACUGUUAGAAAUUUGCGUAUUCGUGAGGACACAGCAAAAUAUCUUCUGAAUCUUGAUGUGAAUUCUGCUUAUUAUGAUCCUAAAACUAGAUCUAUGCGUGAAGAUCCUCUUCCUGAUGCUGACCCGAAUGAGAAGUUUUAUGGAGGAGAUAACCAAUAUAGAAUGAGUGGGCAAGCGUUGGAGUUCAAGCAACUCAAUAUUCAUGCUUGGGAAGCCUUUGAAAAAGGCCAAGAAAUCCACAUGCAGGCUGCUCCAUCUCAAGCUGAAUUACUGUACAAGAGCUAUAAGAUCCUCAAGGAGAAGUUGAAGGCUCAUUCUAGAGAAACCAUAAUGGAGAAGUAUGGAAAUGCUGCAACUGAAGAAGAAAUGCCAAGGGAGCUUCUCCUUGGACAAAGUGAGAGGCAGGUUGAAUAUGAUCGUGCUGGAAGGAUCAUACAAGGCCUGGAGGCAUCUCUUCCAAAAAGCAAGUACGAGGAAGAUGUCUACAUCAAUAACCACACGAGUGUCUGGGGAUCAUGGUGGAAGGAUCAUCAGUGGGGCUACAAGUGCUGUCAACAAACCAUUAAAAAUAGUUACUGCACUGGAGCAGCUGGAAUUGAGGCUGCUGAAGCGGCAGCAGAUUUAAUGAAGGCAAAUGUUGCCCGUAAAGCAGCCUCUGAAGACAUGCCUGCCCCAGCAGAGGAGAAAAACCUUGCUACUUGGGGUACUGAUAUACCUGAUGACCUGAUUCUUGACCAGAAAAAACUUGCUGAGGCACUUAAGAAGGAGGAUGAAAGGAAGAAGGAAGAGAAAGAUGAAAGAAAACGAAAAUAUAAUGUUAGAUGGAAUGAUGAGGUUACUGCUGAGGACAUGGAGGUAUAUCGAAUGAAGAAGAUACAUCAUGAUGAUCCUAUGAAGGAUUUUCUGCACUGAUUUUCACCAUAUUCUUUGAUGAUCAUGUGAAGGGGAUUUUCUGCAUUAAUGUUGACCAUAUUCUUUCAGCCAGAAGAGCUGCAUUCUGGAAAAUACUUAAUUAGUGGUGUUGUCAAUCAAAGUUGAGAACCUCACUUAGAAGCCAGAACUUGAAAUGUUUAAUUAAGCAUUGUUGUGAAUAUCAUGGCAUUGUCGUGAACAGAAGUUGCAUCAGGAGCUUGCUUAGAGCUGCUGUUUGUUAAUGAAUCACUGGAUCUUUCCUUCAUAUAUCAUGUAGACUAUUGGACUAGAAGUUGCAACUGAAAAUAAUUAGUCAAUUUUUGUCUUGA